AUGAAUAAUUGGGAUAGUUUCAAUUUCUUUGAUGACCCAACUUUUGGUAUUAACCUCCAACCUCUCACAACGACGUAUGUUGAAGUGGAAGAUUUGGAAAAUGAUAUCAAAAGAUUAUCAAGUCUGUUCUAUGAAGAGACUGUUCAUCUUAGUUAUAAAUUACCCAAUUCUUUAAAGAAGUCUCGAAAUUUCUUACAACCAUACCUUAAUAUUAAACCUAUUAAACAUUCAAGACAAAACUAUACACAAUUAACAAACUCUAUUGACUAUGCAAAAGUCUUUGUUCAAGAGUGUACGGCAUGUUUUGAUGAUAAUGUUGGUGUCAAUAAUUUAUUAAGGGAUAUACUGCGUGGUAUGGAUAGUUUAAAGGUGCAUUAUUGUUCAGAUGGUGUUUAUCAAACAAAACAAAUUAAAAAUAUCCUUCCUUCUAAUCAACUUUCAAUGUAUGAAUAUACAUUGAAGGUUGAUUAG